GUUUUGGGCCGAAUUUUUCAGUCGGUAUUUCUCAAUCGGGAAACAAAAGUGCUUAAGUCCAGCAACUGUUCUACUGGAAAUUAGAAGCACUAUGAGAUCAGCAGCGAUAGCAUUGUUCUUGAUAGCGCUGCUAGUUAGUGGAAGUGGUAGUGGUAGUGUAAGCGCAAAUCAUGAAGUCGUUAGAGGUGUUAGUCCUGAAGAACAGCACCUCUAUCGGCCCAUUGUUGAUGAAGUUACCGGUAAAAAGACAUGGCGAUGUUUGAGUGAUCCGACAAUUGAAUUGUCGUAUGACCAAAUAAAUGAUGAUUACUGUGACUGUCCCGAUGGAUCGGAUGAACCAGGUACUAAUGCAUGUCCCUAUACUAUCAGUCGUAAGUUUUACUGUGCCAAUAAACAUCAUAUCCCUGAGUAUAUUGAGAAUUAUAAGCUCAAUGAUGGAGUAUGUGAUUAUGAUAUUUGUUGUGAUGGAUCGGAUGAGUACUUAAGUGGUAAAUGUGAAGAUAAGUGUAAACAAGUUCAUGAUCAAUUUGAAUCGUACAAGGCACGAGUAACUACAGAAGUAGACGAGUCCUUAAAGAUAAAGGUUCAAUGGGAAGAAACUGCUGAUAAGUUAAGACAGCAAGCAAUUAACAAACUACUGGAACUUCGAGCUACAUUUAUUGCGAAGCAGAAACAGUUUGAAAUUGUUAAGCAAACACUUGAAGAAACCUCCGACGAAGAGAAUUCAGGAGAUGAGUUUUUAUUAGCGCAAGUGGAUAGACUUAACCAUCACCUCACUGAGUUCCAAAAUGAUAUCCAAUUGAAAGAUAAGUAUAUUGCUCAAUUGGAACAGAUCUUAGCCAAAUUGGUGGACAACUAUAAUCCCAACUUUAAUGAUGCUGCAGUUAAAGAAUCGGUGGCAGGAUUCCAGGAGUACAUUACCAAUAAAGAUUCUGGAGCUGGAGCUGGAGCUGGAGCUGGCAUUGAUCAGAUACAACUGGUGGCAGAUGAACUCAAGCAGUAUUCCCUCCAGAUAUCUAGUCACUCAGAAACUGAAACUCCUCAAGUUGUCCAGGUUCCAACUUUUGGAAAUAUGCUUCGUCAUUACUAUGGUCAACUUAGAGAUGCAGUCAAUUUUGAACAGAACACAUACUUGAACAAUAAUGAUAAUGGUAACGGUAACCGUAAUCCAAUAUUAUACAAGUAUGAAAAGGAAUUGGAAGAUAUUGGGCUUGAAAUAGAAACUAUUGAACUAGAUUUAGAAAAGAAUUAUGGUCCUAAAGAUAUCUUACGAGCAUUAAAGUCUACAUGGGUUAAUACCAAAAUUGGUGAUUAUAUGUACAAGUUAGGAUUUCUUGAUGCCAUAUAUCAAGGUAAUAAUCUUAUUGGCCGAUUUGAUGGAUUUAGUUCCAAUCAAAUGACUUAUUCUAAUGGAGCUAAAUGUUGGAAUGGACCGAGUAGAUCAGCUAUAGUUAAUUUAGUAUGUGGACCAUCAAAUGGUAUUGUAUCGGUCAGUGAACCAGAAAAGUGUCAGUAUGUGUUUGAAUUAAUUACUCCUAUAGCAUGUCAACCAGUUACUGAAGAAGGACUCUUAUCAACCUUUCAAGUUGACUUAAGUAAAUUAUAGUUUUAGUUA